UACGGUUACACUGCCCAACACAUGUACAUACAUCAGUCUAUCAUUGCGUAAAAGUAUAUAAAAAUUUCAAAAAUUUUGAUUGUAUACGCUAAACCAAACAGGGGCAGCAUUUACCGUUUUUACCGGCCCGCGCCAUGGCUUCGGAGAAUGAAUCGGACGCCGAGCUUGAGGAGAACUACUACACAUUUCUGAACUUGCCCCGAGAUGCCACCACAGAGCAAAUCAAUACAGCAUACCGGAAGCAGAGCCGCAUUUACCACCCGGACAAGCACUACGAUGUGGACAGCAAGAAGCAGGCGGAGAUAAUGUUCAACCGCACCAAGCGGGCGUACGAGGUGCUGUCUGAUCCCCACCAGAGGGCCAUUUACGACUCGGUGGGCGUAAAGGGCCUGAGAACUGAGGGCUGGGAGAUUGUUCACCGGACGAAGACUCCGGCAGAGAUCAGGGAGGAGUACGAACGCCUCGCGCAAGCUGCGGAUGAGCGUCGCCUGCAGCAGCGAACUAAUCCACGGGGGAACAUCACCAUUAAUGUGAAUGCAACGGAAAUAUUCGCACCGUACGAUGAGACGGAAAUGCCCCGCGUGGAGAUUGGCUCGAUGAGCAUUGCACAGUCGAUUGAGGCCCCUUUGACGCGCAAGGACAUGAUAAUCAUGAGCGGCAACCUGUACUCUUCCAACGGCAAUGGCAGUGGCGGGUUUGUGGUGGCUGGCCGUCGACUCCUUAACAAGGGCUGGCUGGAGGUCUGUGCGGGUGCGGGAAACGGCUUCCUGGUGGGUCUCAAGGGUGGACGCACUCUUUCUCCCAAGCUGACGCUCAACGGCGGGACCAACAUGAGUUUCCGGGAACAUGGUGUGAUACCCGCCCUGUUCUCCACGCUCGCUGUGCAGCUGGACAAGCACACGGUGGGCAGCCUGACGCUGAACGCGGGUCCCCAGUCGACCAUGUCCACACAAAUUGACCACAACAAGGACGAGUACGCGCUGAGCUCAUCCUUUGUAAUUGGGUCGCCGCACAUCUACUUUGGCCUCUCCUACACGCGCAAGCUGAUAGAGGACGAGAUGAAGCUGAAGCUGGCCGUCAAGGUCGGCACGUUCGGCUUCAUGGGCGAAUAUGGGCUGGAGAAGAAGAUUUCCAAGUACAGUUCGGUGACAGCAGCUGUCUCGAUUGGCGUGCCUUCCGGAGUUAUCCUUAAAUUUAAAAUACUACGAUCGAAUCAGUCUUAUGUCUUUCCUAUCCACCUGAGCGAUGAGAUAGUGCCCGCCGCUGUGUUCUAUGCCUCGGUGACGCCCGUGAUUGCGUGGUUCUUGAUUAAGAAGACCGUUAUGGACCCGAUGGACGCCGAGCGCAAGAGCGUCGAAGUGGAGCGUACAAAAAGGCAGAACGAACAGCGCCUGUUGGCCAAGAGGCAGGAGGCCAGUGCCGCCGUCCAUCUUAUGCAGAGUACCUACCAUCGCAUCAUGACGGAGGAACUGCAGAAGACUGGACUGGUCGUCACAAGAGCCGUAUAUGGCUGCACAACGGAAAACAGCAGCACCCAGUUCAAGCCUGAGCUGUCGCUCGAUGUUACCAUACCUAUUCAGUGCCUGGUCAGGGACAGCUCCCUGCAGCUAUACGAUUCCUCAAAGAGCGAUCUGCCCGGCUUUUAUGACCCCAGCAUUGGGGACAAUAAGAUCCUACGCAUAGAGUAUACAUACCAGAACCAAUUCAGGGUGGUAAACCUAAAGGACAACGAGGCGAUUCGACUGCCAUUGCCAUGAUGGUGGCUUGUGGACUACGGUCUGUGUGCUUCAUACUGUAUUUAGUAUAAAAUCAUCAGUUGUGUUUGUAACUUGUUUUCUAAUCUUAAUAGGAAAGACCCAUUCCAAGAGAUGGGGCAGAAAAACGG